GGUACAACGAGCAGCCUGUGCUGAUCACUCCCACCCAUCCGCCAACAACAACAGCUGCUGCCCUCGAGCGUUUCACCAUCAACUUCACCAUCACCAACCUCCCCUACACUUCUGACCUGGAGAAUCCUGACUCGGCUACUCGAAGGAAUAUGAACACCCUGCUGGACCACCUGCUGAAGGAAAGCAGCAUUGGCCCAGCUUUCCAUGGAUGUGAAACAACAGACUUGAGGCAAGGCAGUCACAGGGAUGAGACUCGGGUGGACGCCGUGUGCACCUACAGCAAGGAGGCCUCGGCUGUGCCUUUGGACAGGGUGGGGCUGUACCACCAAGUGAGCAACAAGACCAGAGGCAUCACCCAGCUGGGCCCCUACAGCCUGGACAAGGACAGCCUCUACGUCAACGGAUACAACGAGCAGCCUGUGCUGAUCACUCCCACCCACCCACCAACAACAACAGCUGCUGCCCUUGAGCAUUUCACUGUCAACUUCACCAUCACCAACCUCCCCUACACUUCUGACCUGGAGAAUCCUGACUCGGCCAGGUUCAGAGCUACUCGGAGGGUUAUGAACACCCUGCUUGACCGCAUGCUGAAGGAAAGCAGCAUUGGCCCUGCUUUCCGUGGAUGUCAAACAACAGGCUUCAGGCCGGGCAGUCACAGGGACGAGACCCGGGUGGACGCCGUGUGCACCUACAGCAAGGAGGCCUCGGCUGCGCCUUUGGACAGGGUGGGGCUGUACCACCAAGUGAGCAACAAGACCAGAGGCAUCGCCCAGCUGGGCCCCUACAGCCUGGACAAGGACAGCCUCUACGUCAACGGGUACAACGAGCAGCCUGUGCUGAUCAGGUACAACGAGCAGCCCGUGCUGACCACUGCUGCCCUCGAGCGUUUCACCAUCAACUUCACCAUCACCAACCUCCCCUACACUUCUGACCUGGAGAAUCCUGACUCGGCUACUCGAAGGAAUAUGAACACCCUG